UUCCUUUUUUGAAUCAUGGGGAUAUUAGAUCUGUUGCUCCAGGUGUCCAGCUACGUCUCCCUGUUGGGGGCUCUGGUGGUCCUGCUGCUUUUCUACGUCAUCUCUUCCUGCUCCAGCUUCCAGGACGACAGGAAGGGACCACCAGGACCAAAACCACUUCCCAUACUGGGGAACCUUCUGCAGCUGGAUCUCAAGAGACUCUACCACUCACUACUAAAGCUUUCCCAGACAUAUGGAUCAGUGUUCACCAUCUAUUUAGGACCAAAGAAAGUUGUGGUCCUGGCAGGAUACAAGACAGUGAAGGAGGCACUUGUCAAUCACUCGGAAGAGUUUGGGGACAGAGAUCAAGUGAGAAUUUUUAAAGAUGUUACCAAAGGAAACGGGGUUAUAUGGUCCAAUGGUGAAGAGUGGAAAGACCUAAGGCGUUUUGCUUUGAUGAACCUCAGAGACUUCGGAAUGGGCAAGAGUGAAAUUGAGGACAAAAUCAUUGAGGAGUGUGACAAACUGAAAGAGAUGUUGAAGACAUUUAAAGGAGAAGCUUUUGAUAUGAAUCAGCCAAUAACUUGUGCAGUAGCUAACAUCAUCUGCUCCAUGGUGUAUGGCUACAGAUUUGAAUAUGACGAUCCAGAGUUCACAACCAUGGUGGCUCGAGCAAACAGGAACGUUCAACUUGUGGGCUCUGCAUCAGCACAGGUGUAUAACCUGUUCCCGUGGAUCGGCAGAUUUUUGUCUAAAAGGAAUGAAUUUUUGAGGUCAAAUACUGCCACCGUGGAGCAGCACAUAAGGCUGCUAGGUCAUUUGAAGGAGACAUUCAAUCCACAGAUGUGCAGAGGCUUCGUGGACGCCUUUCUGAGACGACAGCAAACUCUGGAGGAAUCUGGGAUUACAAACAGUCACUUCAACGACAAAAACCUCAGGACGACAGUGAUUAACCUCUUCAGUGCCGGCACGGACACGACAGCAACCACACUGAGGUGGGGACUUCUUCUUAUGGCCAAGUAUCCGAAAAUACAAGACCAGGUCCAGGAGGAGCUGAAAAGGAUUAUAGGAAGUCGUCAGGUGCAGGUGGAGGACAGGAAGAUCCUGCCCUUCACCAAUGCCGUCAUCCAUGAGACGCAGAGACUGUCCAACAUCCUCCCCAUGUCACUUCCUCACAAAACCACCCAAGACGUCACUUUCCAGGGUCACUUCAUCAAAAAGGGAACCACAGUGUAUCCUCUGCUGGCGUCCGUCCUGUACGAUGAGAGCGAGUGGGAGAAGCCACGCAGCUUUCAUCCUGCUCACUUCCUGGACAAAGACGGGAAGUUUGUGAAGCGAGAUGCCUUCAUGGCCUUUUCUGCAGGUCGCAGGGUUUGUCUCGGAGAGAGUCUGGCCAGGAUGGAGCUCUUCAUCUUCUUCACCACCCUCCUGCAGUACUUUCGCUUCAGUCCUCCUCCUGGAGUUUCAGAGGACGAUCUGGAUCUGACUCCAAGUGUUGGCUUCACCCUCAUCCCUUCACCUCAUAAACUGUGUGCUGUCGCCUGUAUUUGAGUAGAACGGCUUGUCUAGGUACCAUGAAUUACACUUUGUUAUGCAACCUAUAAUCUGUAAUAUAAGCAGUGUGGAGGAGCCAGUAUACUCUCUCAGAACUGCUUAUUUCAUCGGCAAAUACCUUCAGAAACCUUAUCUUUCUGCUGUUACAUUUAUUCCCAGCUGGUGAAAAGGGAACCAUCUAGUUUUUUCCUCUUUCCCUUCUAUUUUAAUAUUUCUGCCCACUGGUGUCCCUAAGUAGUCUUGGAAUUGCAAAAAUUGGAUUUCACUGGAAAACUGAGUCUAGUGGAGCCAAAGCAUACGCAAGAAAUCAUUCAAACCUGUUCUUGAGGAAAAAAAGGUUGCAAGAAGUGAGGCCUAAAAGCAUGACUAACUUUAUUUUUGCAAACUUUAAAGUUGAAUAAAAAUGUUUCUUCCGAUAGUCACAGAGAACAAUGUCUCACCCUCAUAUAAAACAUUUACUACAGAAAUCUUUGACACUGAUGCAUGUCAGGUCAUUCGAGUUGAAUGUAACCCUGUACAGUUCAUCAUUUACCAGGGUUACAACAUCAUCUGAAAGUCUAUUUUAUUUGUUUUGGUUGUAGUUUA